CGCCUCACCAACCCGACGGCCCUCCAGCAUCACUCUACCGCGCAAUAAUUAUCCCAAGCUCGCUCGCAAGACCGUCAGCAUGUCUUCGUCUGUUAUCUUGCUCUCUCUCAUUGUGCUGGUGGUGCACACGCCAUCUGGGUGGGCCCAAUCACCGGGCGGCUGGACCAACACAACCUGCACCACGGCAACAUGGGAGUUCAAUAGUCAGGAUCAUACACCCUGCUUGAUGUGGGCGCAGUUGCAGAGCUUGUGUGUCACCGACGGAGUUGAGGUCACAGCAUUACCAGGAGCCGAUUUUCACUAUACAGCACCGAGCGCUAACCAGCAGCCUGAGAUCAACGAUUGCAAUUGCAAUGUGGUGUCCUAUAAUCUCAUGGCCGCGUGCACCUGGUGCCAGCCAUUUAUUCUCACUUCUGAUUGGAUCACAGAAGCCCAGUGGCGCGCUGCAUGUCCAUCAUACAGCACCAACGGCGUGUCCAACGUAGCGAGCGCAUCUGUCGAAGCACUGCAGAUUCCAGGUUGGGCAUUUUUGCCCAACAACGGGGCGGCCUGGAAUCCAAAUGUGGCGUAUGCGUAUGUCUCCACCGCAAGUCUCUACAGUACGACGUCAUCCGUGACAUCGACCAGCACCAGUUCCGCAGCGAUGACCACGACCUCGACCAGUACAUCCGCAAGCGCCUCUGCAUCUUCUGGAGACCAAUCUGGAGGUUCUGGAAGCGGCAGCAGUGGGACCAACAUCGGCCCGAUUGUUGGAGGUGUCGUUGGCGGUGUCGGAGGGCUGCUGCUUAUUGCACUUCUUGUAAUUUUGAUCAUGAGAUGGCGCAGGAAGAGCGCUGCGGCCAAUGCUGCGGCUAGCGCCGAAUCUGCCCGCCUUUCGUACGCCAAGGCCGAUGAAGCUCGUCUGUCACAAUACUCCACAAGACCUGGCACAUCCACAUCGCCCGGCAUCUCAACGUCGCCUACCAGCACUUCGCCGUUCUCGCAGACUGGGUUUUAUGGCGUACCGCCUCUUGGGAUGCCGUAUGGUAACGAUGGGAUGUACACGGGAUUGCCGGAGCCGCAACGCGCAGCUUCUAGGGUUGGUCAUGGGGCGCCUCCCAUGUCCCCUCCAAUGUCAUGAUAGAACACUCGAUCAAUACGAAAUAAGCGCCCAAGAGCCAGAAGGACUGGUGAGCUUAGGGGCACGGAAGACAGGUCUGAGCAAACCUCGCCGCACUCUGUGGUAUA